AUGACUCCAUCACCUUCUGAAAAACCUAUUGAACCUUCUUCCCAUGAAGUACAUGCAUGUGAUACAAAAAUCACAUUUACAGAUAAUGAUCUUCUGUUUGGUGAAACACUACACAAUCUUCCUUUGUAUAUGGUGGGUCACGUGCUAGAGAGGAAGAUAAAUAGAAUUUUAAUAGAUGAAGGAUCUGGAGUCAACAUUUUGCCUAUCCACAUAUUGAAGGAACUUGGCAUCACGACUGGAGAACUUAGUGAAAGUCGUCUGUUGAUACAAGGAUUUAAUCAAGGGGGGCAGAGGUCCAUAGGCUCUAUUAAAUUAAAGAUCCACAUGGAAGAUUUGCGAUCAAGCGCAUGGAUACAUGUGAUUGACGCAAAGACGUCAUACAAUAUAUUACUUGGCAGGCCUUGGGUACAUGAGAAUAGAAUUGUCUCAUCUUCUUACUAUCAAUGUUUGAAAUAUCUUGAAGGCGGAAUUGAAAGAAAGAUAGUUGCAGAUGAUAACCCUUUCACCGAAGUUGAGACACAUUUUAACGAUGCGAAAUUCUAUUUGAAAAGUUAUGUUGUUAAAGGGUCCAAGCCUAAUGAUGUAAAACCAAUCAUGUCCGAUAAAGUCAUAAGCAAAAGAAUCGAUGUAGCUGUUGAAAAGGUAAAAAUUGACACUAAAGAACCUUGUCCCAAUCUUAAUGAAGGGAAGAUCAUGUCUUCGAAGAAAAAGCUGACUUCUGGACUUCGCUAUGUUCCAAAAGUAAAGAAAGAAGAAGAUCAAUCAUCUAACCUUCAAGAAAAUGCAUUGAGAGGGUUAACUCUUCCUAUAAGACGGAUCGAUGCAAUAAACUUGCCUCCGAAGCUGCAUGGAAAGUCAAUCGCUCAAAAUCAAGUGCGAGAUAUGACACUCCCCACAAUUCGCACAAGAGAAGGUUUUGAUCCCAAUGCUUACAAGUUAUUUGUGAAGGCUGGGUACAACCCUAAUGAGCCAUCAAUGUUAGGGAAACUUCCAUCAGAAUAUACAACUAGGCAAUCACGUGAAGGCCUAGGCUAUAGCCAACCGCCGCCAAUUCGCAUUUCCAUAAGAAGGGCAAGCAAUAACCAUAUAACUUUUGAAGAUGAUGUCGCUACUCCCAACAAAAAGUCUUCCGUCUUUGAUCGACUUGGAGAAUCGCUUGCAAGAACCUCUGUGUUUGAGAGGUUAGGUCCAUUGAAGAAAAACAAGAAUAUGAGAAGUUAUUUAAAAGUUACAACGCCUGCUUCACAUUUGAUUCAAAAAGAUUUCAAAAGUUUGAUUCCUUCUAGAAUGAGGCGGCGGGUGGAACUUGUGGUUUCGUGUAAAGAAGAACUCAAGGCAAAGGCUCACACUGUGGUUUACACCAAGGAGCGCGAGGAAGAUGAAGAAAGUGUAGGCUCCUCAAAUCAUGUUACAAUCCAAAAUGAGUACGAUUCUUUGCCUCAAAUGAAGAUUGAUGAAGAGUUAGAAGAUGUUGUCUGGUGUUGUCAUAUAUCUGUCAAUGACAAUGAUCCGUUAGAAGAGGAAGAUGCUAGAAAUGCUCCACCGGAACUUGAAGAAGGAGUAAAGACCACAAUAGAUCCUUUGAAAGAAGUUAACCUUGGCACUGAUGAAGACCCAAGGCCAACUUAUUUGAGUGCCUUUCUAGAAGUUGAUGAAAAAGCCGCUUAUAUGAAUAUACUCAAAGAAUACAGGGAUGUCUUCGCUUGGAGUUAUAAAGAAAUGCCUGGAUUGAAUCCUAAAGUAGCGGUCCAUCGGUUGGCAGUCAAAAUGGUUCUCAUCCUGUUAAGCAAGCUCAAAGACGCUUUAGGCCAGACUUGGUUCCAUUGA